UCACCUACGUCUGGCCAAAGCAACUUUGAAUAUAGCCCUCAAGAAUAACAAGAAUACUGAAUUUACAUUUGCAUUUCUCUGAAGAAAUAAUGGCAUAAAAAGAAAUUGUAAAUUAUUUAUUCUGCCCUGCAUGCAGUCAUAUCAACAAAAGUCUACAUUUUUGUUUUUAUUCCCCCGUUGUAUGUUAACAAAUGUUUAAAUAUAAUUCUUAAGUACGGAGAAAUAACCAAGAAUUUCUAGAUAUAUAAAGUAUUCAUUUCCACAUCAACCUACGUUUCAAAGCAUGAACUUUUUGCUGUUUUUUUUUUUUUAAGUGACUUUAUAGUUUCUCUUUUUGAACAUGUUAAAAUUGUAUACUUAUGCUUCCUGAAACUAAUAUAUACUGUACUUAUGUCAGAGAUAUUUUUCCACUCUUCAUUGUUUUCUUUGACAGUUGAGAAUAUAUCUUUUUUUUUUUUUUUUUUUACCUUUUUUGGCAGUACAGAAUGAAACGUCAGCAUAGUUUUUGGAACAGAUUUUAAAAUGUAUGGAUGCCUUCAAAAUGUUGAAUGUUUGUAUAGUAGAGUUUGCAGGAUAAAACCGCCUGUGAGAUGCUACAAAAAAAAGAAAGAAAAAACCUGCUCCAGUAAAACACUGUUAUGUUUGUGCUUGUUUUGUUAACUUCUGUGCUGUUUGAGUUCACUACACGGUUCUUUCACACACUCCACAAGUUUUGGAUUCCUAAUAAUUCACCCUCAAGGAGUGUUCCUGGUAAAAAAAAUCCUAAGAUGAUGUCAGACUUGAUGCUGCGCUCCCACACAGACCUCCUGCCUGCUGUUAUUUUGCUUCUUCUGUCUCGGUCCUUCAGAAUCAAACAUUUGAGUGCAGAUUGUCAGCUGGCCGGAGAACAUGAAACACUCAACUUGGAUGGAUUUGUGAGUCCAAGGCACCGAAGUAUGCAGCGACUGGGUUUAACGGAUGAACUUCUGAGUAAAAGUAACGGGACGCUCACCUCCCAGAAUUCAUCACCCUGCGACCUUGACGAUUCUAAUCUGGCGGGUUUCCUGCCAGCUCUUUGGCCUUCAUCGGAAGCUGGAGAUGAGGAUAAAACAGUGGCUCUGACCGGAUCUCCCACCUCACAGGAUCAGAGAUAUGGGAGUGACGUGGAGGAUUUGAGCCUAUGGCAGUGGGAGUUCAGAGGUCAAAUCAGAGCGCUGAGACAGUGGCUGAAGAAGAUGGAGACGAGGCUGCUGGUGACGGACACGAGGGUAGCUGAAGAGUCUUCUGCAUGCAUGGCCGAGGGGCCUUACCUCACCAAACACCUCGCUAGCCUCUGGGCUGAAGGAUUAUGGGGAAUCUUGUCAGCCGGCCCAGCUGCCUGGGCCAGAAGUCCAAACAUGUGCGGACAGACGAGGCUUUCCUGAAGGAGUGCUACCAACGAAGGAGACAAUGGGCACCCCCGGAGCAACAUGGCGAGGCCAAAAAACUGGAAGCGAUGAAAGAUCAAGGCAGGGAGGAUGUGAACAAGGAGACACACACAGAGACAGACAAUGGAGGCCAUGAAACCAAUCAUAAAAGGGAGGAGGAGGUUCAUACACCCGUCUCAGACAAACUGCUUUGCAGCUCCCCGGCCUCCACCAUCAGGAGCUCCAGCACUCUGGAUAAUGCUUGGCACAGUAGUCCUUCACCAAUAAAAACAUCCCGAAAUGGGACACUGACACGGAGAAUAGUGCCUCCGGAGUUUUCCAGAUCCCCUUUGGCUCAACCUGACAAGAGGUCCAGCCUCCAGAAGAGGGACUCCAGAGAAGGAAGCCCCUGGUCCUGGAAGACCGUAGCCUCACGUGAGGUGACAGAGGUGACGGAGGUGACGGAGACAAUUGUCACUGAAAUUGUGGAAGUGACUGAGUAUCCGUCUGGAGAUAAAGGAGGAGACCCCAUAGUCACCAGAACUGUCAGGGUCCUGAAUGGAGUCGCAGACGAACUUGCAGAGCUCCAGAGUGAUGGACACUCAAGUCAGACCAGGAUUCCAGUCUGGAAAGAUGGACGGGAGUGCGGUCCCCCUUAGCACUGAAGGACGC